GUCCUUUAUGUGCACUCCAUCAUCCUGUAUUCACUCUGAGCAGGUGGCUAAUGGGCCUGCAUAGGUUACAAGAUGGUUUUAAAUUCUGCCAGGUUCACUCACACAUGUAGCCAAUUGUUUGUUUUUCAAAGGUCUAGGAUGGAGCUCAGAAGCUGUGGCCCAAGGAUGCUGGCAGGGAGAUUGACUCUCUAAGGGAGAGCAGACUACCAGCAGAGAGGAGAGACCUCCAGUCCGGAAGACGCCACCUCAGGGGAAUUCCCAGCAGUGCUGCUAAUAGCUCCAUCUUUCCAGAUGGAGAUCACCAUGGGGGAUAGGGAUGACAAUGCCACCAACACCUCCAUCAACUUCCUUUCUGUGCUUGAUCCCCAUGGAGUCCCAGCUGCUCCCUUCCCAUUCAACUUCAGUUAUGAGGACUAUGAUAUGCCCCUGGAUGAAGAUGAGGAUGUGACCAAUUCUCGGACUUUCUUUGCUGCCAAGAUCAUCAUUGGCAUGGCCCUGGUGGGCAUCAUGCUGGUCUGUGGUGUUGGCAACUUCAUCUUCAUUGCUGCACUGGCCCGCUACAAGAAGCUACGCAACCUCACCAACCUGCUCAUUGCCAACCUAGCCAUCUCUGACUUCCUAGUGGCCAUUGUCUGCUGUCCCUUUGAGAUAGACUACUACGUGGUGCGCCAUCUUUCCUGGGAGCAUGGCCACGUGCUGUGUGCCUCUGUCAACUACCUGCGCACUGUCUCUCUCUAUGUCUCCACCAAUGUCCUGCUGACCAUCGCCAUCGACAGAUAUCUGGCCAUUGUGCACCCGCUGAGACCACGGAUGAAGUAUCAGACGGUCACUGGGCUGAUUGCCUUGGUCUGGAUGGUGUCCAUCCUCAUCGCCAUCCCUUCAGCCUACUUCACAACCGAAACGGUCCUCAUCAUCAUCAAGAGCCAGGAGAAGAUCUUCUGUGGCCAGAUCUGGCCCGUGGACCAGCAGAUCUACUACAAGUCCUACUUCCUCUUCAUCUUCGGCAUCGAGUUCGUGGGCCCCGUGGUCACCAUGACCCUGUGCUAUGCCCGCAUCUCCCGGGAGCUCUGGUUCAAGGCUGUCCCUGGCUUCCAGACGGAGCAGAUUCGGAAGCGGCUACGCUGCCGCCGGAAGACGGUCCUGGUGCUCAUGUGCAUCCUCACGGCCUACGUGCUGUGCUGGGCACCCUUCUAUGGCUUCACCAUCGUGCGUGACUUCUUCCCCACAGUGUUCGUGAAAGAGAAGCACUACCUCACGGCCUUCUAUAUCGUGGAGUGUAUCGCCAUGAGCAACAGCAUCAUCAACACCCUGUGCUUCGUGACCAUCAAGAACAACACCAUGAAGUACUUCAAGAAAAUCAUAUUGCUCCACUGGAAGUCUUCUUACAAUGCAAGUAAGUCCAGCGCCGACCUUGAUCUCAAAACCAUGGGUGUGCCUGCCACUGAAGAGGUGGACUGCAUCAGAUUGAAAUAACCUGGUGGGCCUGUCAGAGUUUAAACACAAAACCGGAUUUUGACAUACUGACCGGUGUACCUGGAGACACACCACUCUUGGUUUGUUGCAAAGGGUACAGUAAAUGGACGACCCUGUCUAUGGACACUAUAACUGUGCCCAAGAAGCUUGGAAUUUCUAAAACUGAUGUAUCAGAUGUCAUCACCCAUGGCUGACAUGUAUUGAACAUCUAAUUUGAGCAAAGAGAAGACACUGGUGAAACCUGUAUAUGUUGACAACAUUUAGAUGGAAAAAUGAAGUAGGGAUUAAACCAAGGAAACUUUCGGGCAGAGACAGUCUAGAAUAAGCUCAUUUCCUGAAGGGAGCUCCAGCAGGAGUCUAGGACUGCAGUUCAUGUGUU